GCCUGGCUAACAACCUGCCUUAGCACUAACAAACCACAGCCUAAAUGGAAUCAGGCAUGGCGAGGACGGCCGUCUCAUGGGGACUUCUGCUCCUGCUUUGUCAACAGACGCUGGUGGCGGCCCAUGUGUUGGGCAGACCCUACCCUGCUAGCGACUUGGCCCAAUUGAAGGUAGGUAGUUACUAGUCCUCUCAGUUGAUGUAGGUAGAGUACACGGAUUUAUUGUCCCUAGGAGGAAUUGAUAAUAAAGUUGUGUUGGAUUGAAUUGAUGGAUAGUUGACUUAGAGUUGUUUGGCAACUUUUGUGAUGUAAUAACAGCUAGUCAGAAAGAAAAUGUCUGACCUAAUAUGCGCUUUUCAAAACUGUCUUUUGUGUACAAUAUUUACAGUUAUAUUGGAAGGAAGGUUUUUUGUAUUUGAGGAUAAAUAAUAUUAUUUUUGUACAGCCUUUAUGUCAAUGGAUUAAGGAACCUGUUUGUCUGUGAUAGAUGGCUCUAACAGUGCCCAGGAUACUGUAACUAAAUCAAGUAAUGAAACAUCAUGACAUGUCCACAUGAAUUCCCUGUUCUACAGAAUCUACUGGAGCGAUUCGAGGAGACCUUGGCUGCAGUGGCCACAGCAGAGGACCCUGCAGUGGACUACGAGGGCCCCAACCCAGAGCCUGAACAUAGUCAGGCUAGCCCAGAGUGGGACAGGGCCCCAGAGGCCCCACAGAGGCCUCUACUCUCAGACGUCCGGGAGCUAGCUGCAGACGAGAGCUACAGCAGGGCCCAGAGUCAAAGGAGCCGGCUGCAGGACCUGCUCAUGGCCACCAGGAGUAAAGCUGUGUCCGGGUGCUUCGGAGCCAGGAUGGACCGCAUCGGGACCUCGAGCGGGCCUAGGCUGCAGUCCUAAAAGACGUAGCUAGUCAGUUGAUGUAUAUACGUUACACAGAAAAACAUAUGUAGGUUAUGUCAACUUAGUUGAUUAUAAGACACAUGUUGAUACAACUUAAGGCCCAGUGCAGUCAAACAUUUUAUUUUCCAGCGCUUUAUAUAUAUUUUCACACUGAGGUUGGAAUAAUACUCUGAAAUU